CCUGUUGUGGCUGUUUUCAUUUGUUGGAGAUUAUUGGCGUUACGGCUGUUGAGCACAAACGAAAUCGACAUGCCCCGGGUUUAUAUCGGCAGACUGAGUUAUCAUGUCCGCGAGAAAGAUAUUCAGAGGUUUUUCAGUGGCUAUGGAAAGCUGCUGGAGGUGGAUCUGAAAAACGGGUAUGGCUUUGUUGAGUUUGAAGACACCCGUGAUGCAGAUGAUGCCGUCUAUGAGCUGAACGGCAAAGAGCUGUGUGGAGAGCGGGUCAUGGUGGAGCACGCCAGAGGUCCUCGCCGAGACCGCGACAGCUAUGGAGGGGGUUAUUAUGGUGGUGGUGGCGGCGGCGGUGGUGGUGGUGGUGGAGGAGGAGGAGGAGGAGGAGGAGGAGGAGGAGGUGGAGGACGCAGUGGUUACAGCAGCAGAAGUCGUACCGGUAGGGACAAGUAUGGUCCUCCUGUUCGCACUGAGUACCGGCUCAUUGUGGAAAAUCUGUCUAGUCGCUGCAGUUGGCAAGACCUCAAGGAUUUCAUGCGCCAGGCAGGUGAGGUAACCUAUGCAGAUGCCCAUAAGGAGCGUGCCAACGAGGGAGUCAUUGAGUUCCGUUCUUACUCUGAUAUGAGGAGAGCUCUGGAAAAACUGGAUGGAACAGAUAUCAAUGGCAGGAAGAUUCGUCUGGUUGAAGACAAGCCGCGACGUCGUCGCUCCUACUCUGGGAGCCGCUCUCGGUCUCGUAGUCGGCGUCGUUCUCAUAGUAGGAGUCGCCGUAGCAGUCAUUCUAGGAGCAACACAAGAUCUCGCUCAAGGUCUCGCUCUCGCCGACGCCGCUCCCGUUCCAGGUCAGGCCGCAGGUCUCGUUCCAAGUCAGGACACAAGUCUCGCUCCAAAUCUCCAUCGAGCAAGUCUCACUCGCACAACCGUAAAUCUCAUUCUCGGUCCCGUACACACAAAUCUCGCAGUCGAUCAACUAGUCGCAAAUCUCGCUCCCGCUCAGACGAGCGCAAGUCCCGGUCUAAGAGCACUUCUAAAGUAAAGUCAGACCGUGGCCGCUCCAAGGAGAAGUCGGUCAGCAAGAAAUCCAGAAGCAGAUCUGCUUCGCCUAUGGAGAAUGGCGAUGGGGGGCAUGCCAAGUCUGCUUCUCGCUCUCCAUCACCUCAGGCUGAAAAGUCCCCAGACAGGCAUUCACGUUCUCGCUCAAAGUCUGGCUCACGCUCAAAAUCCCGCUCCCGUUCCAGAUCUAAGUCCCAAGACUAGUAUUAAGUGCAAUCUUUUUUUUCUUUACUUUUUUCCCCACCCCACCUCCUACCUCCUUAGGAGUCCAGUUGUCCAGACCAGGAUAGUUUUCUAAUGGUAAUGAUGGGAUCCAAUUCCAAGGCAUUGCAUUAGUUUUAAUUUACCCAUCUUCAAUAGAGAGAAUCAUAGCUUCGAUAUUUUAUAUACAUACCAAUGACAUUAAAAGAAUUGAUUUAAUUUAGUGUGCUGCAUGUCAAUCUUUUUAUAAACUAUGAUCCUCUGUGCUGUGUGGCUGGAAAAAGGCCUCUUGGCAGUGAAACGACUGGCCACUGCGUCUUGUGGCUUAUAAAAUGCUAACUAUUAUCUGAAAAAUCAAGGCUUCUUUUUCUUCAUGUAAUAAUUAGUUAAUUGAAAACUGUCUGAUUUUGUUUUAUUAAAAUUCACAAUCUA